AUGUGCGAAGAACAUCGCAUCCGCAUUGGGCGCUUCGUCACGUCCCACCAUUCGAAUAUGCACCGCAUCACGUUCUUAGCUCGAGUAAAAAUUUUUUGUGCUCUGGGGCUGACACUGAUCAUUCCCGGAGCUCUAACCCAGUGUCUCAGCUGCGUAAAUGGUCCGCCGGAUUAUCUGUGCCCAACGCCGCCAACCAACUUGGAGGUUUACCUCGCCCACGAAGCCUUCUGUACACGGUUUUACAAAUGCGUAAACGGUAAGGCCGUUGAGGGCCGCUGCCCGUCCAAAACGUACUUCAACCCACAGCAGAACGUCUGCUGUCCGGAUGAAUCGCUGUGCUAUCGUACGAAUUCUUGCGUGAUGCAGGUGUCCGGAUGUGCCAACUGUGCCAACCAGUUUGUCAAAUCUGACCUCAUGGCUUCGGCUUUCUUCGUGUGCAACUGUGACGGAACCGGGGUGUCGGGGCAGUGCCCAACGGCGUUCGAUCCGUGCGCGAACAGUACCGUGACGUUGAGCUUCACCAACGGAAAGUGCGAUCCACCGGCAACAACCACUACCACUACGGUGGCGGAAACGACUUCGACAACUGUGGUAGUGACUACCACUGCAGAAGCAACUACUACCACUGAGGCAGCAACUACUACCACUGUGGAGAGCACAACUACUAUUGAGGAAGCAACUACCACUGAGGAAGCAACUACCACUGCAGAGGAGACUACUACUGAAUAAUGAACCACAUCUUAAAGCAAUAGUAG